ACAGUAUACACGUUUAUUUAUCUUAGUCACUUUAGUUGUUUACUCUACAUCCACUGUUAUUGUUUAUAAUCAGACACCAUAUGGGGAAAGUUGUGUUUAUUGAUACGUGUUAGUAAAGAUCCUGUGGCGGGCGGCAGAACGCAGCAGAGGGCAACCGGAAGUGUAGAAGAAGAAAUCGUCCAUCUUGCUAACCGUUAGCCAGUUAGCUCCCUCCGUCAUGGCGGAACUAAACCGACAGCUCCAGGAGUACUUGGCCCAGUCCAAAAGUGGCGGCCCCAGGACGGUCUCCCCGUCGGGCUCCAGCACCACGGUGGACCUGGACGACUCGGAGCCGGUGUCGGGGAGCUGGUUCGGCCGGUGGUCGAGUCCCUGGUCCCGGGGCCGCGGCGACAGUCCUUCUAGCCAGAGCUCUGGCGGAAACAGCGGCUUCUCGUGGCCGUGGUCGGCCGAGCCGGACCCCUGCCUGCCGGGCAUGAGCCGGCGGCAGCGGCUGGUGGCCUUCGGGGCGUGCGCGUCGUUCUCCGCGCUGUGCUUCGGGCUGUCCGCGCUCUACGCGCCGCUGCUGCUGCUCUACGCGCGUAAGUUCGCGUUGCUGUGGUCGCUCGGUUCGCUGUUCGCCAUCGCAGCCGUCGCGGUGCUUCGCGGGCCCAGCCGGCUCGCCGCCGGCGUGCCCACCUCUCCCGGCGCCGCCGUGUACCUGUGCGCUCUCACCGGGACGCUGUACGCGGCGCUCAGCCUCCACAGCACCGCGCUCACCGCGCUCGGCGCCGCGCUGCAGGUCGCAGUCAUCGUCGGCUACGUGCUGUCGCUGCUGCCGGGAGGAAGCGCCGGGAUCCGCUUCGUGGGGGGGAUGGCGGCGUCCGCCAUCAAAAGGACCGUCACCGGGAAGAGCAUGUCGAUCUGACUGAUUAUUGAUCAUCGCCGUUCUGAACACUGAGCUGAGGACAGACCUCAUGGGACCAAGUACAGAUGUUUCAACCUUUCAUGAAUGUUUGUGUAAAUAGUCACUUAAUAAGUAAAUAAAACAAGUAAACAAUG